UUCGUCGUUGCUGCACGCAUGCGCGAUCUCCUCUCAUUGGCCGAUUUGAAUUUCGGAUCCGAACGUUCUAACCAACCGGCCAAUCGCGUUCGAUCGUUUGAUUUCUUUUCGCGUCCACUUUUUGCAUGUACGUGAUAUUCCGUUAAGUGCCCUGUGCUUGUGACAUUUUGAAGUCAGUGAAUAAUCGACUUAUUGUUUUAUGGCAGAAGGUCGGAUGUUCUCUCACGUUUUCUGAUGUAAAUAAACAACGUGCAAGAAAAACAGGCCACUCGAGCGGAUUAUUGACCUAGUCACGAACGGUCACCGGAACCAUUAUGCCUUAUACAUCCAUCACUAUCUGAGCGGACCUGACCGGCAUUGCGAACGGGAAGCACCGUUAAUUAUGCCAAACUAUUAGCAACCACAAUGAUGGAAGAAGUUACGCCUCGUCCCAAUGUCGAAUACAUCCCACCUUUACCCCCAAAGGUGAAGCAAAGAGGAUCGACCACUUAUACACAAAUAACUAAUAACGAAGCUACAAUGAACCCAAACGGGUUCACCGCUACCGACGUCCGGAUGGACUCGCUAAGUUCGAUGCACUCACUCGUCCUUAAUUCUAAGACACCAUCUGCAACGGUAUUCGUAGCGUCGACCCAGUCAGAUCGACCCGCGAGUACGCCUAGCACGGACGCUCUCAACGGUCCACACGUGGUCACUAUCAGAAUAAACACCGAUGCUGACAAACCUAAAGCACCAAAAAUAUCAAGCGUACAUCUCAAAAGCGACGUUGACUUCGAAUCUUUCAAGUUAAACGACGUUUGCAAGAAAAACAACAGCCUAGUGAGACUCAACGUUGACGAAAAUAGACCGAAAAUUAUAGAAAACGAAGAAAUUCUGAAAACAGAUAAAGCGCCAUACAUUUACUGUAAUUCGUUUGUCAACUCGAUGACCAACAUGGUAAUGUCAAGCGGGCAGUGCUCUCCCAGUGAUACCUUGGACUCCGGAACCUGCAGCGACCUUGACGGCACUCCACCACCUCUACCUAAAAAGAAGACUUCCAAAACUAGUUCAAUAAAGAAAGCAGUAUCUGUAACGCUUAUCAGUUCGAGAAAUGGGAGUAGUCAAAGUGAAGUAGAUUUUGAAGACAACGAUUCAAAUAUAUCAUGCGACUCUCUGAACAGUAGCGAGCUGAACGUAAGCGUGCACGCUGAUGAAAGUCAUAGCGAAUAUAGUAAAAAAGAAAAGAAACAGAGUGCGGAAUCACCCGACGCGCCGGAGACGUUCGCCAAAGCGAACAAUAAAGACACUAGCUUUCUACCGCAGGGUCUGCUGCAAGACAUAAGAGACCGUUCAGCGAAACUAAAUACGGUCGAAACUGAAAGCGAGCCGAAGCCCGAGCCACACGAGGAAGCGAACCAGAAUAUUAAUGAGGAUGCUAAUAUUUCAAAAGAAAGCGCACAACUCACAUCGUUCCGUCUAGUUUCUCAGUUUAAUAACGAGUGUAAGAACACGACGGAGUCGCUGCCCGCAAACUUGUGUUCCAAAACGCCACUGAUUAGUGAGAGCACAUACGAGGAACGAAAGCAACAGGAUAAAAUGAAACAAGAGCAAAUGUUUUACAGCAGCCAUUACUUUGAUACGGACAAGUUUUACGAUUUCCAUUUGAACGAAAAACAAUUCGAUGAUGUGAAAAGUGUUAGUAUUGGUGCUAAAAGUGAAUGUGAAGUGUCUGAAGUGGAAUACUUCGCCGGUGUAAAGGAUUAUAAAAACGAGGAGAUGCCAUCAACAAUAAAAAGUUCGAAAGGAACAAUAAGGGGCGUGAAGAACCGCGUACGGGCGGGCAUAGCAACGUUUUUGCAAAUGCAGAACACGACAAAGAGCUACAAAGAAAAAGAUGCAGGCAAGGUGGUAGUGUACACGACGACGAUGGGCAUCGUCAGGAGUACCUACCAACGUUGUGUCCUUGUGAAGAAGAUCCUCAGGAACUUACUGGUGAAGUACGAAGAACGGGAUGUCUUCAUGAGCACGGAGUACCAGGACGAGAUCCGGGACAGGAUGAGGAGCGACCAGAUCUUGGUCCCGCAGCUGUUCCUUGAUGGACAGCAUAUUGGGGACGCAGAUACCGUCGAAAAGCUGAACGAAAGUGGAGAACUAAGGAAAAUGCUGAAACCUUACAAGAGUCCAGAUGCCUGCAACACCUGCCAAAUGUGUGGUGGAUUCCGUCUCCUGCCCUGCAGGAUCUGCAAUGGAUCCAAGAAAAGCCUUCACAGGAACCAUUUCACUGCAGAAUUCGUGGCGCUGAAAUGUAUGAAUUGUGAUGAAGUAGGCCUAGUCAGAUGUGAGGCCUGUUGCUAAAAAAAUACAAAUUCGAGCUUAGAAAAAAUAUGAGUUACAAGUAAGACCAGAAAUAGUUGGAAAUCUGAAAAUUAGAAUGAGAUACUGUUUUAAUUUCGAAAUAAAUAGAUAUCUACUGUAAAUUUUUACGUAUUUAGAAUUUGGUCAUUGUAAAAUGAAUGGGAAUAUAAUUAAGAAUUGUGUAAGAGAAUACUUACGAAUUAUUUUUCAUUAUUAAAAUUUUGGUAAGAGAAAAUAAAUUGUAAUCGAUAGUUUCUCAUGUUAAUGUCACUAAACAAAUCAAAAGCUAGAAAAGCUUCAAAACGUUAAAAAAAUAUUAGUGAAGUUUGCUUUUAGAAGUAAAUAAAUAAAUCACAAAAGUCAUUUUAGUUCGAAAAUAACGAGAUUUACAUCAACGCCAUCUAGCGGUGUCAAUGGAGAUUAGUACUUAUCAUUUAAUGAGAUUUAUUAAAUUGCUUAUUUUUACUUAAAAUAAGGCAUUGAGUAUGUGAAAAAAAUCUACAAAUGUAAUUAUUAAGCGAUAUUUUAUUUAAAUAUUAUAUUUCUCCCCCAAAACGGGCAUUUUCUUUAUAGUUAUUAUAAUCUUAGUUUAGAAAAUAUUAUUGCUACUCUUAAAUAUGGUUGGCCAACUUUAAAUUCAAUCUAUUUUGUGUAUAUAGUGAAAUAGGUCAACCUUCAUAAGUAGAAUAUAUACAUUUUACAAAAUAUCUUCACGAUUUAAUCCUACGAGAAUUAUGUUGGGGCAAAUACAUUAAAACUUUUGUUGUAUAAAUUUAGAAUUAUAUAAAUAGUUUCUUCACAAUAUGAAUAUAACUCGAAAUAAAUUUUAAAUAAAUUAUAAUUACAUUCAAGUAACAUUGUGAAUUUUU